AUUCGCGGCAGCACGAGUUCCCGACAGCACCCAUGCGCAUCCGGUGGUAUGCUUGCACGUUUACGACAGCGGAAUCCAAGGACGUGGCCGAGAGUAUGGACGACGGGGACCCGUUGAUGGCAGAAUGCGCCGACAUUCGUAUGCCUCUGUGCCAUCGUGGGGUGUGCAACGACACAUCUCGUGGCAUUUCUGUCUUUGUGAAGCGUCUGAAUGCUUCAAAUCAGCCAACGUCUUCUCGACCGCAAGUGCUGUGGAUGCUGCAAGGCGGCCCGGGCCAUUCGUCGUUGGCCAGUACAGUCGCGCCCGGGUCAUUUGAAACAAAUCUUGACGCUGCUUGGUAGUGGAAGCAUCCAUCUUGAACGCGUACACCGCGUCCAACAGCACUGUUUCCGUGUACACGAUGGACCAUCGAGGAACUGGACGAAGCACCUUGCUGGAAUGUCCGGACGACGACGAUGGCGAACCGCAGACGGAGGACGAAAUCGUCGAGUGCUUUCGGUACAUCAAAGACGAGUUUGGCCAUGACGCGCCCAUGGCUUUUUCCGUCACUAGUGCGGCAACUGAUCUCAAAGUGUUGGUGCAGAGUUCGAUGUUUGCCCAAGCCGACGUGUACGUGUACGGGGUGAGCUAUGGCACGUACCUCGUCGAGCGGCUCAUGCACUUGCAGCCGUCCAACGUCAAAGGCUACAUCUUGGACAGCAUUCAGAGCGAGCAGUUCUAUACGGACAAGAAAGACGCGCCGUACUAUUCCAACUGGGAUCGCGACGUCGGCCAGGUUGUCGAGGGUUUCUUUGCGCUGUGCGACAACGACGCGUUUUGCAACGCCAAGAUCGGUCCAAAGUCGAGGCAAACGCUUCACAAAGCCUACUUGGCUCUCGACGCAGGCGAAACGGAAUGCUUUGACAUUUUGUACAGAGUCGCCCAUGACGGAGGGUAUGCCAAGCCGUCCGGACUCGUCGGGCAAACGCUGUACGAAUGGCUGGUCGACAGCGACCGCCGCGUAUUCAUCCCUGCCUACAUCUACCGCCUCGCUCGAUGCAACCCGGACGAUCAAGAUUGGCUGACUCAGCUCAACUACCCCCCGCCCCUAGACGACCUCCCCGAGGAAGGACCGUACUUGCGUGGCCCUGGCUUCUCCGACAUCGUGUACAACAACAUUGUCUUUGCUGAAAUUUGGCAAUCGUCGCAUCCGUCGUCGCCGUCCGCGCAGCGGCUAUACCAAGACAGUGUCGACGCGCUCUUGAGCCUUGGCAACGUUGUGUACGCUCGGAAUCGAGCGAUCUUGUACUGCCUGUACCGGCAAAAUGCCGACCCGAUGUGUGCCGACUACCCCCGCUACGACGAGAGUUUUACGUACAACCAAGACGAUUUUUGGAAUCGCACGGCGACCGUGCCACCCGGAGCAUCCGUGCUCAUGUUUGCCGGAGGGCUCGACCCUGCCACCCCACUCAAGUAUGCGCGUGAUGAGUACACGACCAUGGUCGGAGACGCCAAGCUCCUGCUCGAGUUCCCCGCUGCCAACCAUGGCGUGCUCGUCAAUUCGCCAGACAGAGAUGACAGUCACGUUUCGUGCGGGGCCGUGGUCCUGUCGUCGUAUAUGGCACACGGUGGCGAUGUCAGUCAAGUCGACCUGUCGUGCAUGGCGCGCGUCGAACCGCUUCGGUUCUCGCAUUGGGACCGCGACUUGGCGUUCGACUUGUUCGGGUCCGAGAAUCCGUACAAUGAAAGCGCUGUCCAAGUCAAGGUGCUCGCGACGAUUCAAGCCAAGUUUAUGAUGGCUGUCGGCGUCCUGUGCGGACUCUUGGUCGUUGCCGUCGUCGGUCUUUUGCUUCUCGUGCGGCAAAACCUGACUUUGCGCCGGCGAGUCGCCGCCCUGACGACGCCAUCGAAACUCGACGCCAUCCAUGAAACCAACACGGAAACCCAUCCACUGACGGCAGCCGAUAGUCCGUCCGACGCCACGGACGUGCUCGAGACAACACACCAACUCCCACCACCACCACCACCUCGACGUGACAUCGUCGAUAACGUGUAAUGGCCUUUUACGUUGGAUGGGGUGGCGUCAUCAUCGCUCUGG